AUGAAUGCAAACGAGGAAGAUGGAACGGACCAGCAGUCUAUCAAGCCGGUUUCGUCGCUGCUAUCCCACUUUGAGAAUCUCUCCCAUACCAAACGUGAAGCUCAGGAAGGGCCGGGAUCAUUGUUGAAAACACCAGCAGCAGCGGAUAAUGUCUCAGCAGGCCGAGUUUCACUGGAUCUGCCUCGAUCAAACACCACAUGGGGAGGUGGGCAGAGACCGAGCCAGGGCUUCCUACGGCCCCAACAGACAGGAGAUUCGCCUACCCGACGCCUUCAGCCGCGUCCGCUAUCUAUGAAUUUACAAUCAACAUCUCCUGGGCGGCCGAUAUAUACCGUGGAAUCGUCUCGAGCUCCGCCGCAGCCAAACUUCUCGUACAGCCAGAGCCUCCCGCAUAACCAGAGCCGCGCACCCCACACCCUCCAUGCACCGAAUGGUCAUGCGACAUCAAACGAGCCCUCCAGCAGCCCUCCAUCAUCCUCGCGCACCUCUACUCGCCCAACGACACCACUCGACAGCCCUUCACACGCCGUACCCAUAGAUAUCAGGCGUACAACUCCAGUGAGUCAGCGUACUGGAAAUGGCGGGAAGAGCGCUUCGGUUCCACCGCCCGUGAAUAGGGCGGAGAAGCCCAAGAUCCCUCUUCGGAAACCAGGUAUCUCGCCCAGCCGUGAUCCUUCAGGUUCGAAUUCCCUUGCUCCAUUACCUCCGUCCCAGCGUACGUCAAUGGAUGAUAGAGUGUCGCCGUUCAGUACUCCUCCGAGCAGCCCGGAGAAGACACCUGGAAUACAAAAGCCCAAUGGAGUUCCCGAACCACUGGCUUUGGGCGAUAACCAUAUCACAAGUCGAAUACAACAAUCGCAGCCAGCUCCACGGCCUUCGCCAGGACCAAUUUCCCGAGAAGGGCCUCCGGUUUCAAGGCUAACAAAGGGUAAUCUUAUCAGUGGCACGGUUCCCAACGCAAUAUCACCUCGCCUGCCCCCAGCUAUAGGCGCAAAAACUACAACUGUUGUUCCUAGCACACAGCUCUUGAAUCGGCAAAAUGACGAUGAUGAGCAAGUCUUCAGGCAGAAUCCGUCGGUACGACGUCCUUCUCCCGCGCCGCCACGUAGGUUGGAAACAUCUCGGGCUGUUUUGGGGUUGCACAGAGAAGACCUACCAAGCCCUCAAAGAGUAGUAUCUGCCGUGGAGCCUCAGACACCAAAUGCAUACAAGCUGCCACCUCGGUCACUAAGCAUCAAACACUCUAAACCGGCACCUCCACCGCCUCCGCCUCCCCGAAGAGAAACAAGUAAUCUCUCUACCAAGUCAAGCCAAAAUCCAAACCGUCCUCCACCUCCGCCGUCGAACCCUCCAACUCGAUAUCGACCACCAGCUGCAGCGGCAUCCAAUGAUCAGGAUGCAAUCAAGUCUCUGGAGCAGCUCACACGCCGUGCAGAAACCGUUGUUGUUACCGAUACAGAUAUUCACCCAGAUGCUGCCCAUACAAACCGUCGCCCUCCCUUUUUCAGGUCUGGAGCAGCUGAUGUUUACACUAAGUAUGAUACUCGAGUAUUUGACGUAUGCGGACAAUACGCAUGUACAACGGGCUUCUAUACCAGGGUUUGGGACCUUACUACUGGAGAAAUGAUCAUGAGCUUGAACCAUGGUGAAACAGUGAAAGGCUCUGCAAUUGCAUUCAAACCAGGCAGAACUGUUGAUGAAGAAGGAGCAAUAAUAUGGAUUGGUACUACUGCCGGAGAGCUACAGGAGGUUGACGUUAGGACCCAGUCAAUUGUCAACACACGACCAGCUCACUCUCGUCGAGAAAUCAUCAGGAUAUACAGGUAUCAAAAGGAACUCUGGUCUCUAGAUGAUGAAGGAAAGCUCUUAGUAUGGGCUGCGGAUGAGUCGGGUGCGCCAAAUCUCCAAUACAGUUACCACCACCCAUAUGACCGCAUGGUGAAAGGGCAUACCUUUUCAAUGCUUGUCGGAGAUACCAUCUGGUUUGCUACUGGUAAGGAAGUGCGGCUUUACAAACCCCAUGCAAAUGAUGCCGCCUUUCAAGUUCUCAAGUCACCUCUUGGUAAACACCAUUCAAGUGAAGUAACCUGCGGAACAAUGGCCACGAGCAACGGGGGUAUGGUAUACCUCGGGCACGCAGACGGCAAAGUGACGAUAUACAGUUUAAAGGACUAUUCUUAUCUUGGUACUGUCACCGUCAGCAUGUACAAGAUUAGUUCUCUGGCUAUGGUUGGAUGCUAUCUAUGGGCAAGUUAUAAGACCGGCAUGAUUUACGUAUACGAUACUUCAACGAACCCGUGGACAGUUAAAAAGGACUGGAAUGCCCAUAACCAUGGAGUAUGCGGGAUAGCACUUGAUCUGAGCUCCGUGUGGACUGUCAACAAGCUCCAAGUUGUAUCUCUUGGCGUCGAUAACUAUCUUCGUAUUUGGGAUGCCAUGCUCGAAGAGGACUGGCUUGAGACCAGGAUGCAAAGUAAAGACGUCGAAUAUUGCCAAUUCAGCGAAAUUUCAGCUGCAAUCAUUACCUGGAAUGCUGGUGCAACUGUCCCUGGCAAAUUACCGAAUAGCAAUUUCAUUCGAGAUGCUAUUCACCCUGAAAGCGCCCCGGACAUUUUGGUAUUCGGCUUUCAAGAACUUGUCGACCUUGAAGACAAGAAAAUCACUGCCAAGAGUUUCCUCAAGGGAAAAAAGAAGGACGCCGACAAGGAGAGGAUGAGUAGGCAAUACCGUGUCUGGAAGGAUUAUCUUGCGCUCUGUAUUCGUGAGCAUAUGCCGAAUAAUGAGUCCUACGUCUUGCUCCACACUGCAAGCUUGAUUGGCUUGUUUACCUGUGUGUUCGUACGGCAAGAAACGCGCGAAAGGAUCACGAACGUAAGCGCAGCGGAGGUUAAACGGGGAAUGGGCGGUCUUCACGGAAAUAAGGGUGCGCUCAUUCUUCGAUUCCUUAUGGAUGAUAGUUCUCUGUGCUUCGUCAAUUGCCACUUAGCUGCUGGCCAAAGCCAAACCGCACACAGAAACAACGACAUCGCUGCCAUAAUGGAAAGCGAAGCACUUCCUAGAGAACCCAGCCUGUCGGCCCGGAUUGACCGCUUUGCUGGUGGUGGAGACGGAUCCAUGAUUCUCGACCAUGAAAUCUGCAUACUAAAUGGAGACCUCAAUUACCGCAUUGACUCAAUUCCCCGAAACACGGUGAUUGAAGCUGUCAAAGCCAAUAAUCUCCCAAAAUUGCUUGAUCGAGACCAACUCCUAGCCUCAAAGCGCAAGAAUCCCGCGUUCCGGCUUCGCACAUUCAAUGAAGCGCCCAUAACCUUUGCGCCAACAUAUAAGUAUGAUGUUGGCACUGAUGAUUAUGAUUCAAGCGAGAAAAAGCGAGCACCGGCUUGGUGUGAUCGGCUCUUAUAUCGUGGCUUUGGUCGCAUCAAGCAGUUGGAGUAUAGGCGGCAUGAAGUUCGCGUAUCCGACCACAGACCGGUCAGCGGUACUUUCAAGAUACGAGUCAAGUCCAUAAUCCCAAAGCAGCGAACGGCAACCUGGGAAAUUUGCCAGCAAGAAUUUCUCGCUGAAAAACAACGUCUGGCUACUGAGGCUAGUGUUUCAUACCUUGUCCGUUUCCUAGGACUGAGUCCAAGAGAAGCCUAUGCUUUAAUAACGUCGCCACCUGGAGCAUAA